GCUCUAUCAGCUGUUGUUGAUUAAAUACAAUUUUAUACCAUUGCAAUGAAUUAAAACAGAGUGUUUUCUUUUGCCAAUAUGAGUAGCUUUUCACCAGAUCUACGUAAUUUUCGUUCGAGCUAUUAUGACAAAUGUUUAAUAAACAGCGUCGAGGAAAAAAAGUCCCUCAAUAAACUCUUACAGGAUGAGGUUCGAAAUCGUUCCAAAUUGAAGCAAUUCUGCAUGAAUUACACAGUUCCCAAUGCCCAGAGAACUCUGCUGUGGUCUCUUGUGAUGGACAUAAUGCCUCUCCACAAGUCGUCCACAUCUUUCAUAAGAGAUCAAAGACGCGAGGUCUACGAGGAUUUACUUCGAGCUGUGACUGUAAUGCGUGCCAUCGACCAGACAAAACCCAAAGAGCUUGUAAUGCACACUAUGUGGCUUGUUGAAACGAAUCGAUUGCAGAGCAGCAAUAGCAGUUCCGGUAUCCAAGAGGAUGACACGCAGUUCAUAGAUAUAGUACGCACUCUGCUUCAGAUAUUCAAUGACGAUGUGGAUACCUAUUGGAUGGCCAAAGGAUUCUAUCAAUAUACACGCGAGCUGAAGCGAGAAUGCGGCAAGCUAAAGGAAAUGACCCAAACACUCUUGAAGCGCGAGGACAUAGCGCUAUUCUAUCGAUUGGAGAAAUUGGGCCUAUUUGAAGAAAACACAAAGCUCCUGGACAAUUGGUACAUUACAUGCUUUGCCGGCGUUAUUUGUGAAAUGAUGUUGGUUAAAAUCUGGGACAAGGUGUGCGGUGGAUCGCGUAAAAUAGUGAUUUUUCUAUUUCUGGAACUGGUUAAGGAUAUCAAAUCGUUGAUUUUUGAUCUCAACUCAUUAGCAGAGCUCAAAGCUCUAAUUGAAACAGUUAAAGAUCUCGAUGGAGUAAUCGUGAACAAGGCCAUUAAAUCUUUACAAAGCAAUAACAGCGAAGUAGAGUACACUCACUAGUUACAACAUUUUAAGAAAUUUACGAUUUAUGUAUAUUAUAAGGCAGCUAAGAUUACAAACAACUAAAUGUACUUGAAAACCACAUCCUUCUUGUCCGCUACUGUCUGCAAUUCUAGGGUGACGGGGCAUUGUAGCCAAUAGGAGAGUAAUUCUUCCGUGUAACCGACUAAAAAGUAUACCUUGCGCGGACUUAUCGCCUGACGAAUGAUGCCGGCAAUGCGUAUUGUGUUAUGCUGACGCUUAAUAAUCACCUCGGAGCAGACCAACGCAUGCCAUGUUCCAGUUAUAAAUUUCCUUAUAAAAACAUCCUCAAUAGCGGUUUGUGAUGGGCGCAGACCAUCCUUUAAUGUGGCUGUUGAGUUGAUAAACCAAUUAGUUUAUGAAUUAAAUAAAUAUUCAAUUAAUCACAUA